AAGGUGGGGCAUAGGCAGGGGGAGUCUACGUUGGUGAAGGACAGUGCAGAUCUGGAGGAACUCCUCGUUGUCCCUGGUAGGAGAGGCACCCCCAGGCUGUCCUCGAUGCCGUCAGCUUUGGCCAUCUUCACCUGCCGCCCGAACUCGCACCCGUUUCAGGAGCGUCAUGUCUACCUGGACGAGCCCAUCAAAAUCGGCCGCUCGGUGGCCCGCUGCCGGCCGGCGCAGAAUAAUGCCACCUUUGACUGCAAAGUGCUAUCAAGGAACCAUGCUCUCGUCUGGUUCGAUCACAAGACCGGCAAGUUUUAUCUCCAAGACACUAAAAGUAGUAAUGGUACCUUUAUAAAUAGCCAGAGAUUGAGUCGAGGCUCCGAAGAAAGUCCACCAUGUGAAAUUCUUUCUGGAGACAUUAUUCAGUUUGGGGUAGAUGUGACGGAGAACACACGGAAAGUUACCCACGGGUGUAUUGUUUCCACAAUAAAACUUUUUCUACCAGAUGGUAUGGAAGCCCGGCUCCGCUCAGAUGUCAUCCAUGCCCCAUUACCAAGUCCUGUUGACAAAGUUGCUGCUAACACUCCAAGUAUGUACUCUCAGGAACUAUUCCAGCUUUCUCAGUAUCUUCAGGAGGCCUUACAUCGGGAACAGAUGUUGGAACAGAAGUUAGCUACGCUUCAGCGACUACUGGCCAUCACCCAAGAGGCUUCCGAUACCAGUUGGCAGGCUUUAAUAGAUGAAGAUAGGCUCUUAUCACGGUUAGAAGUUAUGGGAAACCAAUUGCAGGCAUGCUCCAAAAAUCAAACAGAAGAUAGUUUACGGAAGGAACUCAUAGCAUUGCAGGAAGAUAAACACAACUAUGAGACAACAGCCAAAGAGUCCUUGAGGCGAGUUCUUCAGGAGAAAAUUGAAGUUGUUAGAAAACUUUCAGAAGUUGAGCGAAGCCUGAGUAAUACUGAAGAUGAAUGUACACACCUGAAAGAAAUGAAUGAACGGACUCAGGAAGAGUUAAGAGAAUUAGCCAAUAAAUAUAAUGGAGCAGUUAAUGAAAUUAAAGAUCUAUCUGAUAAAUUAAAGGUAGCAGAAGGAAAACAAGAGGAAAUCCAACAGAAGGGACAGGCUGAGAAAAAAGAACUGCAGCAUAAGAUAGAUGAAAUGGAAGAAAAGGAACAGGAGCUGCAGGCAAAAAUAGAAGCUUUGCAAGCUGAUAAUGAUUUCACCAAUGAAAGGCUGACAGCUUUACAAGUACGGUUAGGACAUCUUCAGGAGAAAACUCUUAAAGAAUGCAGCAGCUUAGGGAUACAAGUUGAUGACUUCUUACCUAAAAUAAAUGGGAGCAGAGAAAAAGAGAAGCUGAUCGUCGAGGGGCAUCUAACCAAAGUGGUAGAAGAAACAAAGCUUGCAAAAGAAAACCAGUCAAGAGCAAAGGAAUCUGAUUUAUCCGAUACUCUGAGUCCGAGCAAGGAAAAAAGCAGUGACGACACUACGGACGCCCAGAUGGAUGAACAAGACCUAAAUGAACCUCUUGCUAAAGUGUCCCUAUUAAAAGAUGACUUGCAGGGUGCACAGUCAGAAAUUGAGGCAAAACAAGAAAUACAGCAUCUUCGCAAGGAAUUGAUCGAAGCCCAGGAGCUAGCUAGAGCAAGUAAACAAAAAUGCUUUGAACUUCAAGCUCUUUUGGAAGAAGAAAGAAAAGCCUAUCGAAGUCAAGUUGAGGAAUCCAGCAAACAGAUACAGGUUCUUCAAGCCCAGCUGCAGAGGUUACACAUGGAUAUUGAGAAUCUCCGGGAGGAGAAGGACAGUGAAAUCUCAAGUACUAGAGAUGAAUUGCUUAGUGCCCGGGAUGAAGUUUUGCUCCUUCAUCAAGCAGCAGAAAAGGCUGCUUCUGAGCGGGACACUGACAUUGCUUCUUUGCAAGAAGAGCUUAAGAAGGUGAGAGCCGAGCUUGAGCGGUGGCGGAAAGCAGCCUCGGAAUAUGAGAAAGAAGUCACGAGUCUGCAGAGCAGUUUCCAACUUCGCUGUCAGCAGUGUGAGGACCAGCAGAGAGAGGAAGCCACAAGGUUGCAAGGUGAACUGGAGAAGUUGCGAAAGGAAUGGAAUGUAUUGGAAACCGAAUGCCAUUCUCUAAAAAAGGAAAAUGUCUUGUUAUCCUCAGAACUGCAACGACAGGAAAAAGAAUUGCACAAUUCUCAGAAGCAGAGUCUAGAGCUUACCAGUGAUCUCAGCAUCCUCCAGAUGACUAGGAAAGAGCUUGAGAACCAAGUGGGGUCCCUGAAGGAACAGCAUCUUCGGGAUUCAGCUGACCUAAAAACUCUCCUCAGUAAGGCUGAAAACCAAGCAAAGGAUGUACAGAAAGAGUAUGAAAAGACACAGACUGUACUCUCAGAACUGAAGUUGAAGUUUGAAAUGACUGAGCAGGAAAAGCAAUCAAUCACAGAUGAGCUCAAACAAUGUAAAGACAACCUGAAGCUGCUCCAAGAGAAAGGAAAUAAUAAUCCUUCCAUAUUACAACCCGUCCCAGCCGUAUUCAUCGGCCUAUUCCUGGCUUUCCUGUUUUGGUGUUUCGGUCCAUUGUGGUAGAGAAAGAAACCCUGGCCCUGGAUGCCCAUGUUGGCUGCCCUGGUUGCGGUGACAGCCAUCGUGCUGUACGUGCCAGGUCUGGCCAGAGCUUCUCCAUGAGAGCGUUCCUUGAGUCCGUACACCGUCUCCCUCUAGAAGCUGGCAUCACACUCAUGCUGGGGACAAACAGAACCAUUUUCUUCUUUUUUACCUCUUAAAACAACAGAAGUGCAAGAAUACAACUGUAGGGUCAUUGCUUUAAAUUAUAUAAAAUGUAUCUGUCUAUAAAGAAGAUAUAAAAUUGUGACUUAUUCUACUGUAAGCAAUAAUUUGCUUGCAAUUUUUCAUGUAAUUUUUAAAUUAGUAUGUUGAAAUUCUGAAUAUUAUGGUGGCCUAAAGUAGGCUUCUUGGUACACCAAAUUAUUUAUAACAUUUAAGUUUAUGGGUAUUUUACUCUGAAUUCUGAUGGCCAGAUAAUUCAUUUUUCUGAUUCGGUAACUACCCGAACCAAACAACCAGUACGUACAUGGGAAGAGAGGCCCUGUGUGCUCAGUGCCUAUCAGUUUGAAAUAUAUACACAUAUAUAUAUUUUUUACAUAUUUACGCCAUUUUUACUUAUUGUAAAACCACUGAGCUAUUGGGAACAAGACAUAGAGACAACUAUUUGUGUGGAUUUUUUUUUUUUAAGGAAAAAUACAUUUGAACAAUAUUCUGUUAGAGUAAUAAUUUGGGAAUAUGUGCACGCUUGUUUAGCCUUAAUGUGACUUGAAGAUGUGGAGGACAUCAGCUUUGAAAACUUUCCAUGAGAGUUGUGUAUUUUCUUGAGCAAACUAAAGUAUUUCUGGGAGCAAAAAACAGUAAUUACACAGUCUCAGUGCAGUCAACCAAACCAUUGAGUCAAUUGGAAUGUAAAUUAUUAAACCUCAUGUAUUUAAAGAGAUAUUUUCUUUAAAAGCCAACUUACUUUCUCAUAUACAGCAUUUUUAGAAAGCAUGAUUUUUUUUUCUAUCAUCUGUUCCUCCAAGCAUGUUUAAUUGAAGAAAGAAUAUCUCUUUAGAUAAGAUUUUACUGACUUAAUUUGGUUAUGAUAUUUUGGAGCUAAUUCAUGUGCAAGGUGGCUGUUGUGAUCUAUCAACAGAUAUCCUGGUUGAUUAUGCCAAUGGUUAUUUUCUUUUUAUUGCUGUUAAUUGGGACUUUCUGUCCAUAAGAAGCACUAUUCCCAACAUUAAUAGUGUUCCAUGCACAAAGAGGCACCUCAGCACUGCUUAAUAUUAUACAAUUCAAAACACAGACAUGACAGUUUCGCUAUGGUUUUGUGCAGCACCAUAGUUACGUCAGUAAAGUUUAUUUAGGUCAUAGUUAUAUCCUAAAGGAUCACAUAGUUAAAAUUUUCAGUCAGUGAAGAGUGAGAGGGAAUGUGAGUGAACUGGCUUGAAUGUUCUUUGGCAAUCCACAGGCCUAGCCAAAGAUUGACAUAGGAGUUUAGGGUAUAAUUUGCCUUGUAAUGUUUGGCAGUCAUUGUUUGUACUUUAAAAGCUAUAUUUUAAGCUAUUUGAGAUUGCUGUUGGGAGGAUCACUAGGUUUGUGGAGGAAUUAGUCACAAACAACUUGUAGAAAAUACUGUCAUGUAGCUCAUUUCAUCAUUUUCUGUUGCAGGAAGCCACUCCACCACAGAAUGCUAAUAUGCCAGUGGUACCCAGUACCUCUUGUAUAUAGGUUAUUGCAAAUAUUGUUCUGAAAUGCUUAACUUCAGAAUUACAUUUUUUAAAGUAAAUAAUUGUUUUAAAUCUAUUUUGUAAAGAUAUAAAGUACAAUAGAAUUUCUGGAGUACAGAUUAAACUAUUUGCACUAACACACGUGAUGUGCAUGAUUUAAUAAAAUAACUUUACUCUCCUUA